ACAGUUUGCAUUUUGGGCCCGCUUGAUUCCACUGCAUCUUCUACGAAGAUUGUAUUCAUCUAUCACUCUCUCCCAAGUCAGCCUGCUCUUCUCUCCUCCCUCUCUCCGUUUUUGGAUAAUUGAAGCUGUCGUAAGAGUUGUUUGCACAAGGCGUUAAGCCCAAAGUUGUGUGUUUUGUCUUUGGCAAAACAUCCGACAAAUGUCCAGUCUUGAUGGAGAUGUGUCUCAAAAUGGGAGCUUGAAGAGUGUCGAUGCCCAUCAUGCUUUGGCUGAAAUAGAAGAUUUGGAUUUCUCAAGGAGCUUAGAUAAGCCACCAAGGCCUUUGAAUAUGGAGAGGCAAAGAUCAUGUGAUGAGAGGUCCCUAAAUGAAUUGUUUGGGGUGCCUUUGCUUUCUCCGCGUCCCUCAUCAAGAGCCGAGAGUAACUUCAGGUUAAUUGAUCAUCUUGAUGGUUUAUAUUCCCCUGGUAGAAGGUCAGGAUUCAAUACUCCAAGGUCACAAUAUGGGUUUGAGACACAUCCAGCUGUGGCUGAAGCUUGGGACGCUUUGAGGAGAUCGUUGGUUUUUUUUCGUGGCCAACCUGUUGGAACCAUAGCAGCUUUGGAUAAUACUGGGGAACAGCUUAAUUAUGAUCAGGUGUUCGUAAGAGAUUUUGUCCCAAGUGCAUUGGCUUUUCUGAUGAACGGCGAACCUGAAAUAGUAAAGAAUUUUAUUUUGAAGACUCUUCGCCUCCAAUCAUGGGAGAAAAAAAUUGACAGAUUCCAUCUUGGAGAAGGAGUUAUGCCUGCGAGUUUUAAGGUACUCCACGAUCCUGUCAGGAACAGUGAGACUUUGAUGGCAGAUUUUGGUGAGAGUGCAAUAGGAAGAGUGGCUCCCGUUGAUUCUGGAUUUUGGUGGAUUUUCUUACUUCGAGCAUACACCAAGUCCACAGGCGACACAUCAUUGGCUGAAAUGCCAGAAUGUCAGAAGGGUAUGCGCCUAAUUUUGAGCUUAUGCCUUUCAGAGGGGUUUGACACAUUCCCUACUCUUCUUUGCGCUGAUGGAUGCUGCAUGAUUGAUCGCAGGAUGGGUGUUUAUGGGUAUCCCAUUGAAAUUCAAGCACUUUUCUUCAUGGCUUUAAGAUGUGCUUUGCUUCUACUGAAGCAAGAUGAGGAGGGGAAAGAGUUUGUAGAGCGGAUCACUAGACGCCUUCAUGCCUUAAGUUUUCACAUGAGGAGUUAUUAUUGGAUUGACUUGAAACAGCUUAAUGAUAUAUAUCGUUAUAAAACAGAGGAAUACUCUCAUACUGCAGUUAACAAGUUUAAUGUAAUUCCCGAUUCUCUUCCAGAAUGGAUAUUUGAUUUUAUGCCAGUCCAUGGUGGCUACUUUGUUGGAAAUGUUAGUCCUGCAAAAAUGGACUUCCGUUGGUUUUGCCUGGGUAACUGUAUUGCAAUCUUGUCAUCCUUGGCAACCCCUGAGCAAUCGACAGCGAUAAUGGAUCUUAUAGAAUCACGGUGGGAGGAAUUGGUUGGAGAAAUGCCACUCAAGGUAAUCUAUCCAGCGAUAGAGAGUCAUGAAUGGCGGAUUGUUACAGGAUGUGAUCCAAAAAAUACUAGAUGGAGUUACCACAAUGGAGGAUCCUGGCCAGUGCUCUUGUGGCUUCUCACCGCAGCAUGCAUCAAGACCGGACGCCCCCAAAUUGCAAGACGUGCCAUUGAGCUCGCUGAGACAAGAUUAGUUAAAGACAACUGGCCAGAAUAUUAUGAUGGAAAGCUUGGUCGAUUCGUUGGGAAACAGGCUCGUAAAUUCCAGACCUGGUCCAUUGCAGGUUACUUGGUUGCAAAAAUGUUGUUGGAAGACCCUUCUCAUUUGGGUAUGCUGGCACUCGAAGAAGACAAACAAAUGAAGCCUCCCAUGAGAAGAUCACAUUCAUGGACAUUCUGAUGUAACUUGUCUAGCAUUUCUACAUACCCCAAUCUAUUCUCAGAUAGGGCUAGAUCGUCUCUUCUGACCCACAGUUCUACUUCCCAUUUUGAUCAUGUCUUCUGCCUUUCCAUCUGUUCAAUGCCGGAAUACUUUUUUUCAAUCUUGCCGUAGUAGUUCCAUGCAAAUCUUAAUGAAUCUUAAUCCUUAAAUGUUUUCCUAUCAUAUUCUAUUCAGGAGUUCUAACGUAUA